AAGACGCCGGAGGAGAUCCGCAAACUCUUCAACAUCGUCAACGACUUCACGCCGGAGGAGGAAGCUCAGAUCAAGAAGGAGAAUGAAUGGGCUGAGGACAGGUAGAUAUGGGUCGCACGUUUUUGCUCGAAGCCGCGAAGACGAUACAGAGGAACACACUGUUUUACACCUUGUACAUGUUGAUCAACGUCUUGCACGAUAUUCAGCCUUAUCUCGCGCGACAUCAUUCGAGAUUGCAAUUGGAUCUGCUCUUCUUUGUGUAUACCAGAGUACUUAGUGCUCUGACGACGGUCCCGUCGCCGGGCUUGAGCUCGGAAGCAAUACUGGCAGCGGUGCCACUGGUGCACCUCGUUCUCGGGCAGAAAGGUCUCCUAUUAUUCAAUCCACACACAUAUCGACGUGUAUUUCCUAGUGUCGGCAGCUUCGACAUUGCCUUGGCAUUCAAGUCCUCACAGAUCACAUGAUCGCGUUGUGUCGCUUGUCCUGCCGCAAUCUUCCACUUCAGUCUCCCAGUGCCACAAUGCGAGAAUCCGCAAUCUGUCUUGUUCUGCUCCCCAGCAUAUCGUGAUAUCCGCCCGAAGCAGAACAUUCAUUGAGUGGCCGCCCGCGGAACAACGAGACCUCACUUCCCCCUCUUGCGCGCGGAUGUACUGUGUCUGAGACCGUUGGUGCUACUUAAGACUGCUGGGGACCGGGCGGAGUCUGUGUCAGCUCUCACUCUCAGCAUAUACAGCACCAUCAUGACCACCGAAGAAUAUGGCUCACUCGUGCCGGCUGUCUGCGUCAACCUGUUGUUGUACACACUCGAAUUCGUGAUGGCCUGCGUCUUCCUCUCGCGUCGGGCGAAGGAGGGCGCUGGUGCGUUCGACAAGUUCCGGACUGUCCUCACUCUGCUGCUCGAUACUGCGUGCACUUUAGCCGGUUGCGUCUUCCUCUACUUUUGGCAAGACACUCACUGGGGGGAUAACGACGAGGUGCAAGGCCGGUUCUGGAAGCUCCUCAUCGGCACUCUGGUCUUGGGCACUGCCUCGACUGCCAUCGCCCAGUCUUACCUCCUGCAAAAGUUCUGGACCAAUAUCCCGAACCAUCUCAUCGGCACGGCCCUGAUUGUCUCACUUCUGGUUGUGACACUUCUUGGGUCCGUCGCCUCCGUGGCGGUUUGCGCAUACAUGCAGUGGACCAAUGCAGAGCAACUCGUCCCGUUCAUCUGGACUGCGCUCAUCGCUAGUCUCGUCACGGCGUUCGGCAUAACGUCGAUCUCCGUUUGCCAACGCAUCGCCGUCAAGUCUGUGGCCAAGAGAAACUUCAUCGUCCGCGGCUGGAAAGCAUUUGUCAGCACUGGGAUGCCGGGUAGCAUCAUUUGCAUCCUCGCUCUGGUUGCGUGGGUUAUGGGAAAGCACACCACCUACACCAUCGCGCUCUACUUCGUUCUUGCCCGGGUGUACUCGUGCACGAUGCUCUUCACCAUGCACUAUCCACUUCCGAUCCGCAAGUCGAUGAUCCAAGAUCUGGUCAAUACGUCCGUCGCCCAAGGCACUUUGCCUCUCACCGUCAGUUCCCCUUCCCCGGAUAUCUUUCUCAAGUCCGAAAGGGGCACCCAGCCCAAGGAGGGAAACGUGCAGUCUUGGUACAACAUUGACCUGGGUGAUGGGGCGAUGCGCACCAGCCGUAGUGCACCGGAGAACAUCAAUGGUGACCAGCAGGAUGUGAACCGCAGAAAUGCAGCCGUGUAUCAGAAGCGUUGAGGUCGGUAGCGUGUCAUUCUGUUUGGGAUCGUUGGUCUUCGUCUUUUUUGUACCCCAUUGCGGAUGUUUUCGUUCUCGUCAUCCAUAACACGCACCAUAUCUGAGCCAGUUACGAGUGAGCGUCAUGAGGAUUCUCCGUUGCUUUGCUACGGCGUUUCCGAGGUACAGACACCCUCAACUAUCGGUGAUCUCAAUCGGAAUGAUCCAGUGACACGAGAGCGACAGUCUGUGCCAUCACGCUGUCUCUGUCGGUCCCAAUAUGACCCUUCAACGGGUUUCUCACAACAUCUGCACGCCUAAAAAGGCAACUAUGCCCUGAUAUAGCUUUGUCCAUAAAUAACCACUCGCCAAUUGCAGAUCGUAUCUCAUCA